UAUUGAGUGAAAAUGUUAAUACCAUUUUGAAAUGAGAUCAAGAUGUCUCUUGACAUAUUUUGAGAAAAUUGUCUUGAAUGACCGAUGCAGUCGGCAGUUUUUCUCAGAUUUGCCACCGAAACUUACCCUGUUUAAUAACAUAAGUAAAAAGAAUUCGGAAAAGACAACAAAGGAUAAAGCCAUGUCGGGGGAUAAUACAGACAUCAUGCAUCUGCCGGCUGCAGCUGAAGGUGGUAAAGGUGAAAAGAAAAGACUGUCAAUUGAAAGGAUUUACCAGAAGAAGUCACAAUUGGAACAUAUUCUUCUCCGUCCAGAUACAUACAUUGGUUCUGUGGAAUCAGUCACUCAGGCUAUGUGGGUAUAUGACUCAGAUUUGGAACAAAUGGUUCAACGAGACAUCACUUUUGUGCCUGGAUUGUACAAAAUUUUUGAUGAGAUUAUUGUCAAUGCAGCUGACAACAAACAGAGGGAUCCUGGUAUGACCACAAUGAAGAUUGACAUUGAUCCAGAGAACAACAAAAUCAAAGUUUGGAACAAUGGAAGGGGGAUUCCUGUUAUUGAACAUAAAACAGAGAAGAUGUAUGUCCCAACAAUGAUAUUUGGACACCUCCUGACAUCUAGCAACUAUGAUGACAGCCAAAAGAAAGUUACAGGUGGUAGAAAUGGGUAUGGAGCAAAGUUGUGCAACAUUUUCAGUACAAAGUUCAUCGUGGAAACAUCUUGUAAGGAGUACCACAAAGCCUUCAAACAGACAUGGAUAGACAACAUGGGGAAAACUAAAGAACCCACCAUCACAGAUGCCAAAAAUGAGGACUUCACAUCCAUCACUUUCUUCCCUGACUUACAGAAGUUCAAAAUGGAAAGUCUGACCAAGGACAUGGUUGAUCUGUUCACGCGCAGGGCGUAUGACAUUGCAGCGUCAUCUAGAGGCGUCAAAGUUUUUCUGAAUGGGAAAAGACUUCCAGUGAAAAAUUUCAAAGAUUAUAUCAACUUGUAUCUGAAAGACAAAACAGAUGAUAAUGGACAACCAUUGCCUGUGAUUCAUGAGGCGGCCAAUGAGCGCUGGGAGGUGGCGGUAACCUUGAGUGAGAAAGGCUUCCAGCAAGUCAGCUUUGUCAACAGCAUUGCAACCACCAAGGGAGGAAGGCACGUAGACAAUGUUACAGAUCAGGUUGUGACUAAGCUAAUCGAAGUUGUGAAGAAAAAGAACAAAGGAGGAAUUGCAAUCAAACCUUUCCAAGUAAAGAACCACCUCUGGAUAUUUGUCAAUUGCCUGAUAGAAAAUCCAACAUUUGACUCACAGACAAAAGAGUCAAUGACAUUGCAAGCCAAACAGUUUGGAUCAAAGUGCACUCUCUCUGAAAAAUUCAUUAAUCAGGUCAGUAAAUGUGGAAUUGUGGACAACAUUUUGAGCUGGAUGAAGUUCAAAGCACAAACUCAGUUGAACAAGAAGCUGACUUCAAGUAAAACUUCGAAGAUGAAAGGAAUUCCGAAAUUGGACGAUGCCAAUGAUGCAGGAACGAGGAAUUCCCGCGACUGUACCCUAAUCCUUACUGAAGGAGAUUCAGCCAAGUCCCUGGCUGUCGCUGGUUUGGGUGUUGUAGGAAGGGACAAAUACGGAGUGUUCCCCCUGAAGGGAAAAGUUCUCAAUGUACGAGAAGCUACGCACAAACAGAUCAUGGACAAUGCUGAAAUCAACAACAUCAUCAAAAUCAUGGGUCUGCAGUUCAAGGAGAAGUACAACGACCCAGACACCCUUAAGAACCUGAGAUACGGCAAACUGAUGAUCAUGACAGAUCAGGAUCAGGAUGGCUCUCACAUCAAGGGCCUUCUCAUCAACUUCAUGCACCACUUCUGGCCCAACCUCCUGAAGUACAAUGUCAUUGAGGAGUUCAUCACACCCAUUGUCAAGGUUACAAAAGGAAAAACAGAGCUAUCUUUCUACAGCUUACCAGAGUUUGAGGAAUGGAAGAGAGAAACAGAAAACUGGCACACCUACCGAGUAAAGUACUACAAAGGUUUGGGUACCAGCACAUCAAAAGAGGCCAAGGAAUACUUCAGUGAUAUGGAGCGUCACAAAAUCCCAUUCAAGUACACAGGAGCAGAGGAUGACGCUGCCAUCAAUCUGGCUUUCAGUAAAAAGAAGAUUGAAGAAAGAAAAGAAUGGCUCACAAGUUGGAUGGAAGACAGAAAAAGGAGAUCUGAAAUGGGAUUGCCUGAGAACUUCUUGUAUGGAAAAGGCACCAAGGCCAUUACAUACAAUGACUUUAUCAAUCGGGAGUUGAUCCUAUACUCCAACAUGGACAACACUCGCUCCAUUCCCUCCAUGGUGGACGGACUUAAACCCGGUCAGCGAAAAGUCCUGUUCACCUGCCUGAAAAGGAAUCUCACCAAGGAGCUAAAGGUGGCUCAGCUCGCCGGUUCUGUGGCCGAAAUGUCAGCUUAUCACCACGGUGAGGCAUCUUUGAUGAACACAAUCAUCAACUUGGCUCAAAACUUUGUUGGCUCCAACAACCUGAACAUCCUGCAGCCCAUUGGUCAGUUUGGUACCAGGUUACACGGGGGGAAAGACGCUGCCAGCCCUCGUUACAUCUUUACAGCUCUCAGCCCAUUAGCACGUAUGCUAUUCAACAUAAACGAUGAUCCUUUGCUGAAGAGCAAUUUUGAUGACAACUUGAAGAUUGAGCCUGAGUGGUACUGUCCCAUCAUUCCUAUGGUGCUGGUAAAUGGAGCGGAAGGAAUCGGAACAGGAUGGAGCACCAAGCUCCCGAACUAUGACGUCAGGGAGAUCAUUGCCAACAUCAAGAGAAUGCUAGAUGGGGAAGACCCUCUUCCAAUGGUGCCUAGUUACAAGAACUUCAAGGGCACGAUAGAGGAGCUGAGUGAGAGCCGGUUCAUUGCGAGUGGAGAGGUGGCCAUUAUUGACGACCAGACCAUUGAGAUCACAGAGCUGCCCAUCAGGACCUGGACCCAGAACUACAAAGAGGAUGUGCUGGAGGUCAUGUUACACGGGACAGAGAAAACGCCCUCAAUGAUUACGGAUUUCAAAGAGUAUCACACAGAUUCUACAGUAAAGUUUGUUGUAAAGAUGACACCAGAGAAGCUGGCAGCUGCAGAGGAACAGGGACUUCACAAAGUCUUCAAACUGCAGUCCAACAUUUCCACAAACACAAUGGUGUUGUUUGACCACAAUGGUUGUAUCAGGCGGUAUGAAGACAUCACAGAUGUCCUGAGAGAGUACUUUGAUGUCCGUUUGAGUCUCUACCAGAAACGCAAGGACUACAUGGAGGGGCUGUUGACAGCCGAGGCCAAUCGUCUGGAGAACAUUGCCAGGUUUAUUAUGGAGAAAAUAGAUGGCCUUAUUACAAUUGAGAACAAGCCAAAGAAAGAACUGAUUCAGAUGUUGGUCAGAAGAGGCUAUGACUCGGAUCCAUUAAAGAGAUGGAAAGAAUUACAGGCCAAGGACAAAGAGGAUGCUGAUGAAAAUGAAGAGGAGGAUGAUGAUGAGAGCACCGCUUCUGGUUCAUCGGGUGGCCCCGACUUCAACUACAUCCUCAACAACCCACUGUGGUGCCUGACCAAGGAAAAGAAAGAUGCCUUACUGAAACAGAGGGAUGAGAAAAAAUCUGAACUAGAAGCUCUGAAGAGAAAGAGUAAAGAAGACCUGUGGAUGGAUGAUUUGGAGGAAUUUAUGCAAAAUCUGGAGGAUUUGGAGCAGAGGGAGAGGGAGGAUGAGAAGCAGUCGUUGAGCAAACCUGUCAAGAUAAAGGGGAAAGGAGUGAAGGCCCGUAAAGUAGUAGAGGAGAUGAACAAACCAUCGCCCAUGGGUCGACGAGUGGUGCCAAGAAUCGACACUGCCAUGAAGAACAAAGCAGACGCAGCAGCAAACAAGAUUCAGAAAGCCAAACUGAAAAAAGAGGCAAAGAACCUUAUGGAUUGCUUUGACAAGGAAGAGGAGGAGGAGGAGGAUGUUAUGGAGCACACAAGUCUAGCGGAACGUCUGGAGAAAAAGACGGGCAUCAAGUCUCCAACGUCUAAAGUAAAUGGACAGCCCAAGACAGAAGCAGUCGCUGAGAAACCUGCAAAAAAGAAACAAGUACGCAAGCCAAGAGACACCUCUGCAAGUCCCAAGAAGAAAGGAAAGAAAGGCAAAAAGAAGAAUCCUUGGUCAGAUUCGGAAGAGGAAUCGGAGGGUGGCAUGUCGGACUCUGACAUGGAUGGCAGCUUCAUGGAGAAUCUGAAGCCCAAAAUUGACAGACCAAAACGGGAAACAAAAACUAAGCAAGCCAAGUACAGUUUUGAUUCUGAUGAGGGUUCCAUCAAGUCGGACAGUGAUGAAGAGUUUGUGGCUGUCAACAAUGAGGUCCAUGAACCCAGAGUAGUAUCUUCUGAGGAUGACAUGCCUGUAUCUAAAAAGUCCAAGGCUGUGGUGGAAGAUGACGACUCGCCCAUUAAAAAGACAAAGAAGACAAAAACAAAAAAGCCUGCUAUGGAGUUUUUGGAUUCCUCAGAUGAAGAGGAUGGUAGCUCUCCAAAGUCGGAUGCCCUCACAUGGAAGUCUGCUUCCACAAAAGAGCCAGCCCCAACAGUUAUAAGUGAUGAUGAUGAUGACGACAAAGUCAACAAGGAUAUCUUCAAGUCAAUAUCUGAGCCCAAGGCAGCAGCCAAAAAACCGGCGGCAAAAAAAAAGACAGCAGCUAAAAAAGCGGACCCCAAACAACCAUCCAUAGCUCAGGCCUUUAAGCCUAACACUGAGAAUAAUAAGCCCAAGCAGCGCAAGCUGUUAACCACCAAGAAGCCGGUGCUGACCAUAUCUGACGACGAGGAAGGGGACGACGAUGAUGUCCUGAUAUCAGAGAAACCACCAAAAGAGACCAAGCCCAAGAAGGCAGCUAAACCAAAGAAAAAGUCAACAGAUGAUUCUGAGGAUGAUAAGCCGAAAAAAGCCACCAAGAAAAGGCCUGCAAAGAACUUCUCAGACAGCGACUUUUCAGAGGACGAUUUCCUGCCUAAGAAAGCAGCUGGAGUGAAAAAGAAGAAAAAGUCGGAAAGCGACGAUGAAUUUGAAAUGGAGGAGGAUGUUGAUAUACCAGUAGCCCCCCGAGCCAGAGCUGGAGGGAGAGCCAAGGGUGCAAUAAAGUACAACUUCGGGGAAUCAUCAGAAGAAAGUGACUUUUAGAGAAAACAGGAAAUGUGCAUUGUCAUCAGGAACUUUUUUACCUUCAUGGAACAAAUUUUUAGUUUCAUCAUAUUGUUUUAUUUUAUUAUCAUAAGCCUUAAAACUUUGUCGUUGUUAGUGAGAUAGAUUGAGUGAAUUUAUUUCGGGACAUAAACAUGUAUUUGUAAUUGGUUUUUACUGUACAUUAAAUUAAUUAAAUGAAGGAAAAGUGAAGUUGAGUGAGCCAGCAAUAUAAAAAAGAUUUUUGUAUAUUCAUUAGAAUUUAUUUAACAUUCUUCUCAUCAGCUGUCAUCAUCCUAUAAAUGUACAUGUAUGUUGUGUCAACUUUUUAAUUGCUCUGAAUCUAAAAUCUUCUGGUCUAUCUUUCUGUCAGUUUUUUGUGUUACUGUCUGUAAAACAUGAUAAAAGAUGUUAAUUUAUCAAAUGUUUUAUAUUUUUCUUUAAUGAAUGGAAGAGGUACAUGUAUUUUCAUCUGUCCAGAGCAUUUACACUUCGUACUCAAAUCUCCUGUACUACAAUAUUUAAAGAGGAGACUGAUUUUUUUAACAAUUCCUGUUUUUUCAUCAAGACAUUUAUCAUGUCAGCAGGCAAAACAUUUGCAACUCGAGUGUUUGUUUAAGUACAUGUUCUUAACUUGAUUGUUAGUUAUUGACAUUGAAUUUUCCUUAAUUUUUGCAAUCCUAGAAAAUGAAGCUCAAUUUUUAAUGUU